AAAGCGCUCAUGGAGCCCGACACGAAGUAUGCGCUUCAUCAUGCAACGGAUCCAAGUACGUUGAAAUGGGCUGCCACCAUCAAACUCACGCCAGAAGUCCUGCAAAAGCUGCAAGCCGGGUCGGUGUCGAUCCGAUUCGCCGCGGAAAAGACCGAAACGAGCGUGCUGCGAGUGGAUGGCGAGUCGUUUGAGCUGCUGUCGUUCCAGGAAGAUCGAUCUGUGAGUCAUUUAUGCACGCUCAAGCGGGAACAACCGUCUUCGUCUGCUGGUGGUGGCGAAGGGUACGCGUUCCACGAGACUGGUCGCAUUGCGAAGAAACUUCUCGUCCAACGCAUGCUCGAUGGGACGGAGAAGGAUCGUCUGAAAGAUCGACAUGCGCAGUGCGUCGUCGACUCGAAGGCGCGCAGUUCCAUCUUGCUCGACGACAAACCCGCGACCGGAAGCAAGACCAAAGCCCGUCUCAAGCGCCAAGUCAUCUACCUCGAUCCAUCAUCUCUCAAGUCCACAGUCUCCGCCCUCUCAACCUCGACGCGAAAGAGACGUCUGCCGUCCGCGUUGACGCCCGAAGUCCUGCAAAACAUGACGCUGGCCAUUGACAAGGACGAGUUGCGGCACCUUCGUCCGCCUGCAAGCAGCGCAUCGCCCCAUCCCGCCGCCGCUUCCACGGAUGCCGUCGAAGAAACCGUGGUAAAAAAGAAAGCAAGAAAAAGCGCCGCAGUUCGAGGGGCUCCGUCGUCCACUCGCAAAGCCACGGCGGCCAAGAAGCCCAAGGCUUCGAUUCCUCCAAUAAGUUCAACCACCCAAGCUGACAGUGUCGACAAAUGUACCAGCCAGCCAGACCCGCAAGAAGAGAACCACUUGGAGGCCAAGCAGCCGCCAUCACCUGAGAACCUGCUGGUUCCAGUGCGGACGACAAGCGACGGCCCGCCGCUCAUUCGCGCCAAGCGACGGGUGUUAUCAGUGGCUUUGAAUGCUUUGUCCACGUUUACCCCGGAAGUGGAAGCAGUGUUCAAGCAUCACGUUGCCGUGCCACGAACGGUGCUACCGAUUGCAACCGACGAAGAUUUCGUGGCUCGACAGACCCAACACGCAGCCUUACUAAGCGAAUGGUCGCUCCUGGACAAGGCGUAUGCAGUGGAAAAUGUGUUGCAUCGGGCCAAGGCAAUCACGGGGACGUACCAUGUGCCAGCGUAUGAAAAGAACGCCAGUCGACGUGCAGAGGGUAUGACUGUUUUGCAGACGAUGUUGGAGCAGAUCCAUGAUCAACUGAGUCAGCUGCAUGAAGCAAUCAUGGUGUACGCUGACGAAAAUGCGGAACGACGACGGAUGGCCGCGUCGACGGUCUAACAAUAGGCGCAGUAUUAAGCUAACAGAGCGAAUUUCGUGGUUAACAGUUA